AAUAAUUUUCUCCCGCUGCUGCUGUCAAUCAUUUUCACUGGCCAGACCAAGAGGCGCCAGAAUUGAUCGAGUGAAUUAAUUAAAGUCGCUAUCUUCAUUCAACAUCUCACUGUCUUGACAUGACUGGAAAAAUGCAGGAGCUGUGGCCCAUGAAGAUCACGUAUUUCUGCUUAUCCUGGGCCGGCUUUGCAACUGUCAAGACCCAAAGUGACAGGAAAUUGUUGAAUAUUUUACUGUCUGUAUUUGUUAUAAUGAGCAUAACUGUACUGUACCUCGUUGUGUUGGAUUUGUACUAUGAUAUUAAAGAAGGACGUGAUAGUCAAGAGAUUAUUGCGGCGCUGUUUCCCGUUGUCCUCACUUUCCUCACUAGUUUUAAAUUAAUAUCAUUGGCAGUGAGACGCCGUCUUUACGAGAGACUUUUGCAAACAACGCGGGAGAAAUUGUGGACCCAGUCGUGGACGGAGUACGGAAAAAACGUAUUGCUACAAUGUGGACGACAAGCCUACUUGUUUUUCAUAAUUUUUGGAGUUGUUGCGUAUAUUUGCGGAGCCGCAUUCGUGGUAGGACCAAUUGUGCUUAUGAGAACCGAUAAUAUCACGAGCCCGAGUGAUCGUCGUUUGCCUCAUGAAAUUAGAAUUGGUCUUCCUGGCCAUGAGACACCUUUCUACGAAAUUUUUUACGCUAUUAACGUAUUCGGCAUUACCGUAGUGACAAUUUUAUACUUCUGCUUCGAUUAUUACCUCGUCCUCAUGAAUAUAUUCCUUGUUGGCCAGUUUGACAUCCUGAAUAAUAGGUUUGAGGUGAUUUACGAACACAAAAAGGAUCAGGGAGGUGGUAUUGGCACGAGUCCUAUUUUACGAGAAUUUAAAAAAUGCGUUAAACAGCAUCAAUAUCUGAUUUGGCUUGCGGGAGAAAUGGAGAGUCUUUACAAGAUCAGUAAUUUGGCGCACGUGCUGACAUACAGUUUUGUCAUCUGUAUUGCUGGGUAUCAACUACUUCUAGCUAAAAGGCUGUUUUUCAUUAUCAAAUACGGAAUAUUUUUCUUCGGUUGUCUUCUCCAAUUAAGCUCGAUCACCCUGACCUGUCAUAAUAUUAAAAUCGCUAGUGAGGAAAUAGCGAAUGGGAUAUAUCGUUCAAACUGGUACUAUGAGAAUUGUUCAGAGGAGGGACGAGCAUUGUGUAAGAAUUUUAUUCUAGUCUUCAUGAAGACGCAAUAUCCGUGCUGUUUGACGGCGUGGGGGUUCUUCCCCAUCACCUUGGACACCCUAAAAUCGGUCGUCACAACUGCGUUUUCCUAUUUGACACUGAUGAGGAAGAAUAUGGCCUAGAUUUAUUAACUAUUCCUUGUUGACUAAUAAUUAUGGACCACUGAUUAUUGUUCAAUAAAGAAGUACAGCUGUACUUGAUACAUUA